CACCGACCCAUUAUUCAGACUGUUGACUUGCGCUUUACCAUGUGUCGCUACGAUUAAUCCCAUAUACAUCUGCUGUCAGGUCCCGUAAUAGGCUUCUUUCUACUCUUAUUGCACCUCAUCCUAGUACGCGCUUGCCACAUCUGCACGCAAGGCUCUCACGCGGGAAGUCUCGUCAUACAGCCUUGCUCACUUCCUUCUCUUUACUCGGGUCUUCCGUCCCUUCUCUUCUUCUCUUAUUCUCUCAAGUCUCUACAUUCCUCCUUCUCAGUAGCAGUCAAAGAAGAGACAAAGCAAAAGACAAUACUGGAUACAAGCCCUAUCUCCAUCUGCACAAUGUCGGAGCGCAAGUCGAUUGAGAGCAUCAGCCACGGCCGCGGAGGAGCCGGCAACAUCGGCGCCGAUGACACCCCCUACGCCGACGGCGAAAUCGUGCGCGAAGGCGUAGCCGGCGACCACGGCGACGGCCCCUACAGCUCCGGCCGCGGCGGCGUCGCCAACAUCGGCUCUCCCGGCCUCGCAGCCGCAAAGCGCAACGAUAAGGAGGUUAUCCCCGCCGAGGCGCUGAGGGAUGAGGAGGAUACGAAUCAUCAUGUUGGGCGCGGGGGACAGGGGAAUGUGCAUGUGGCGAAGGAGGGGGGGAAGGCGCAUCCGACGGGGUUGGCGGAUAAGUUGAAGGCGAAGCUUUUUGGGAAGAAGGUUAAGGGGGAGACGGCUUAGGUGGUGGUAGGAGGGUGUGGGGGGAGUGAGCGGAUGGAGAGGUUGGAGAGGCUGCAGAGGCGCGUGCGGUAUGAAGUGGGAGUUUGAUUUACGCAUCGGAUGUUAUUGUAAUGGAGUGCAGCAAAUUGGAGCAAUCAGCAAAUUCGUGUUCGAAUUUAGUCUACCAACAUUUUGGUGUAUACGACGUGAGCUGGCUAAGCUAGCCCGUGAAGUUACAACGUCAGGCCAGAUCACGUAUGUACACCUUUUAAAUGAAUGUAAAUAAAAGGACCUCUUCCCAUAUUCAUCCUGGGA